UUGACAAGACUUUGAUUUUAAAGAGGAAAAAGAGUAAAAUUAAUUUGUAAAUCCCUAGUUUAUAGAUAUUAAGGACUUAUUUCUGCUUGUGGAUGCAUAUAAUUUGCAGCACUCGAAACGUAAGAGGAGAGGAGAAGAUCACUGAAAGCAAACAGUUUACUCUCAAGUCUAAGGUCACCUUAUAUUCAGAAAAAUAUAUGGAUCGAAGAGUCGAUUGGAUCAGCAUAUUACCUGAUCCACUUCUUCAUCACAUUCUAUCUUUUCUUGAUACCAAGUGUGCUAUUCGUACAAGCAUUUUAUCCAAAAGAUGGAAGUACAUAUGGACAUCUAUCCCCAAUUUUGAUUUUCUUAAUUGGCGUGGUGCUGAUUAUCACCUUGAUGUUGAAUCGGAUAACAAGAAAUUCGUAAAUUUUAUGGAUGGAAUGAUUCGUCUCCGUGAUAUGUCACAUAUGCGAAAGUUUUAUCUAAAGUGUGAUGAAAGCUCUAAUGGGUUUCGGAUUAAUUCGUGGAUCUCUGCUGUAAUAAGCCGGAAAGUUGAAGAGCUUAUUCUCAUCUUAGAGGCAGACGAACCAGAUGAGAUUCCUCCUUCCCUUUUUACCUGUGGACCGCUGGUUUCCUUGGAGCUACAAUUACCCAACCUUUAUCUCCGUCUUCCUAAUUGUAUCUCUUUUCCUAGACUCAAGGUUCUUCGACUGUUUGGCAUCAACUUUAGAGAUGACUUAUUGACUGAGCAACUUUUUUCUAGUUGCCCCAUCCUCGAAGAUUUGAUUAUGAGGGAUUGCACUUGGCUGUAUAUGGAGAAUUUGUGUAUUUCUGCUCCUGCAUUGAAACUUGGAGAUUGAUAAUUCCUUUUUGAAAGAUGU